AUGUCGAAACAAUACCUCACUCUCCAUACCGUCAACAACGCCCAUCCUACCGACAUCUUCGCUGUCGCUCCCACCAAAACCACACUACUGUCCGCCUCAGGCUCGUCGAGUAUCCACGUCUAUUCCACCACCGAGCCUGACUUCCCGCUCACUCAAACCCUACACGACGCUCAUAAGCUGGGCUGCCACCAUAUAGCCACAUCUGCGAACGGCCAGAAGGCUGCAAGCGCUGGGUUCGGUGGUGAUGUCAAGCUUUGGGCCUUGGCUGAAGAUGGUAGCUGGAAGGCGGAGGGCUCUAUUGCGGACGGAAGCAAAGCUGGUGAGGUCUGGGCGAUUUCCCUAAGCGAAGACGGCAAGUACCUUGCAGGCACAACACACGACGGACGUAUCAAUGUGUGGGAGACGUCCUCAAAGGAAAAAAUUCGAGAAUUCGAGACCAAGGGCAGCUUCGGCAUGUGCAUUCAUCUUAGCGUUGAUGGACGUUUCACUGCAUCCGGCCACGAGAACGGAAGCAUAUACGUCUUCAACAAUGAGACUGGCCGCCUGCUGCAUUCGCUACCCGGUCUAAUCAAGCCAAUCAGGGCUCUGGCCUUCUCCCCGGGAUGCAAGCUGUUGGCUGCUGCUGGUGAUGCUCGGACAAUCGCUCUGUACGAUGUCGGUUCAGGAGAGCAGGUGGCCAACCUUUCAGGCCAUGCUGCUUGGAUCAUGAGCCUUGACUGGAAUGACACUGGCGAGUAUUUACUCACAGGAUCUUUCGAUGGCAAAGCCAAAAUUUGGUCGAUAGAGACCAAAGCUUGCGUGGCUACUCAUUCCGAAUCAGACAAGACAUUGUGGUCGGUCAAGUGGCUGCCCAAAACUCACCGCGCGGAGAUGUUUGCCGUUGCUGGAGCGGGAAAGAGCAUCUCCUUCUACAGGGAGGCCAGCGGCAGCUGA